ACACCCACUGUUAAGCAACAGCAUGUGAGUGAGAGGGAAGAAGAGAGGAAGAAGAAAAGAGUUGCAGAAGAAUUCCAGACUUUUGCACUUAUUACCAAAACAGAUCAUCACCCUACAUAGGAGAAUAGGAGACACAGAAAAGGGAAAGCAGCUAUACUUAAGUGUGUGAAGCAGGUAAGUAAGACAGCAGGAGUGGAGAAUGGAUGGCUGGCUGAAGGAGAUACAGCACCGGCCCGUCCUCUAUCUGUUCUGCAGCUCACUGGCCUUCAGGCUGCUCCAUAUACUACUGAGGUUUCUGCCCAGACCUCAUUGUGUUAACUGUGAUCCAUGGAAGAGCUAUAAAUGGAAAAAUCUCUCUGUGUCACUCGUCCACUCGCUCCUGACCGGUACCUGGGCCAUUUUCUGUGUUUUUCAGUAUCCAGUGAUGGUGUAUGACAUGCACUCGUCCUACACUCCUGUCUCAUAUCUGCUUGUAGUGAUCUCAACAGGGUAUUUCAUCCAGGAUGCUGGAGACAUCAUGUUCAGCGGGUAUGCACGAGAAUCAUGGGAGUUUCUGCUUCAUCAUGUUUUGGUGAUAUGGUGUUUCCUGUAUGCUGUUCUCACGAGUCACUAUGUGGCUGGUGCUGUGGUGGCUCUGUUUGUUGAAGUGAACAGUGUAUUUCUACAUACACGGCUGAUGCUCAAAAUGUCCAAUGUGGCCAGAGACUCACUCCUCUACACCAUUAACAAGAUUCUCAAUGUCACAACGUACAUCAGUUUUCGUCUGGGAGCACAGUUCUACCUGACGUGGUACAUCCUUGUUAACUACUCUUGGUUGGACCAUGCUGGAUAUUUCCUGGCAUCUAUGAUGCUCAUGAACAUCAUGAUCCUCAUUUAUUUCUACCGUCUGCUACGAGCAGAUUUCUUCUCAAAGCACAGCCAAUCAAACGGCGUCCGCAAAUUUGCUCAUGAUUAAAAUGUCGCAGGGGCAUUUUUUGAAUACUGAACAUUCAUUUGAAGUCACAAAGAGAAACUGAAUUUCACACUGGAGCCUAAUGUACUGCUGACUGUUAUACAAAACUCAACUGCAAACUGUUUUCUCUGACUUUGUGUUUUACAUAUUUUUUGUACAUGUGGACUGUUCACAUGUAGUGCAUGUAUUUUUAUUUUUAUCAUCUUGAUCCUGAACUUAAUUUACUGUUUGAGGUGUUCUCAGUACAUGUUCAUGUCAGUUAUUUCCUGGGUUUCUGGUUUCCUCCCACAAACAUACUGGUAUAUAGAUUGGCAAUGCUACAUUGCCCCUAUGUGCACAUGCAGGGGGCCUGGCUGUGGAUUAGCAUCCCAUCCAGGGUGAACUUCCAUCUCAUACGCAGUGGAGUCACUAACCAGGAUAAACUGCUUCCUGAAGAUAACUGAAUGUGAUCUUAUAUUAUUCAUGAUAUGUCACAUGGUUACUUGAAUGCAUAUGUGCAAUUUCAGGCUAUAAAAUAGAAAAGCGCACAUUUUGCAUGACAUUCUGAUUUGUCUUUAUAGGAUGCCACUGAUUUACUCUGUAGUAUGAAACAUUAGAAACAUUAAGAUUCAUGGUGCUGACCCUUUUGUACGUUUUACAUUUAACUACAUAACUUCAUGUCCAAGGUCCACCAUCUGAACACUAAAUAUAACCUUCACCGUUUCCCAGAAAUCUGCAGUGAGACAGAUCAUUAUAGGCUAAUAAAAUUUCAUAGCUACUCUGAUGUAAUCCUGACUACAAACAAAAUACCUCUCAGACACAUGGUUAAUGGUCUCCAUCCUACUUUUACAAAUAAACCUAACCUUGACACUGUUCACUUGAUGGAAUUGAAAUGAGUUAAAAUACAAGUUUUCAUCAAGUCUAUCUUCUCCUUUUCUUUUCAUUAUACAGACCAGUGUAGGUCCAUUUGAUUCAACUUGGAAAUGCAGGAAAAGUGUAUUCUGCAGUCCCUCAUAAAAAAUAUGUAUAUAUUAUUUAAUCUAUUUUGGGGGGGUUUAAAGACAUGAAGUUGAUGUGAUCCCAUAUUAGCUUUGUCAGACAUUUCAAAUAGUUAGAAAUUAAGCUUUUUAAAAUUCAUAUUACAUUCUCAUUUUGUAAGUAUUGAAUUCUCAAAUCUGAGACCUGAGAGGGAAGAAAUUUGAUGCUGAGGAGAGAACUAACUGCUGCCCUCCAGUAUAAUAAUUACUGUAUGACACCCUACGAGUGAACCAUUAAAAUAGAAAAGUUUAGUCAUGUGCAAGAUUUAAAAACAAAUAAAAAAAAGCAAGCAGACAAACAAACAAAAAACCCUCCAAACAACUUUAAUUAAAUGUAAUGUGUGUAACUUGGCCAUUCCUCAGGAGUUAAGGUGCACUUAAAGUGGAACAAUUAAAUUAUAUUCUAGGUUUUGUUUUAGAUGUGUGAAGUAUUAUUUUAAUAAAAAGUAUUUGUGUACAAAGGAGGAUGCCUUAAUGGGACAACAAAUCCUAAAUAAAAUUAAGAAACUUCA